AUUUAUGCCUACUAAUGAGACAUCGUGGUUGGUUACAAGACAGUCGCAAAAUUAGGGUAGAUGAGCAAUUGGCAAUGUUCAUGUUCAGAAUAACAGGUGUAGGUCCUACUAAUAGAGCAGUUGAGGAGAGAUUCCAACAUUCAGGACAGACUGUCAGCUAUUACUUUGGCAAAGUAUUGCAAGGGGUGCUUAAGCUUUCUAAGGAGUAUAUCAAAGCCCCAUCGUUUGAUGAGAUUCCUAUGGAAAUAAUUGCAAACAACAAAUGGUGGCCAUAUUUUAAGGAUUGCAUUGGUGCCAUAGAUGGUACACAUGUUACGGCUAUAGUUCCCAAGGGAAAACAGAUCCCAUAUCGAGGACGGAAGGGGAUAACAACCCAAAAUGUGAUGUGUGCCUGCUCGUUUGACAUGAAAUUCACUUUUGUAUAUGCGGGUUGGGAAGGCAGUGCAAAUGAUUGUCGUGUAUUCAAUAGAGCCCUAGAGGAUCCUACUUUACGAUUUCCUCAUCCUCCCCAAGGGAAGUAUUACGUUGUAGACUCAGGAUAUGCGAGUAAGAAUGGAUACUUGACACCAUUUAAAGGAGAGAGAUAUCAUAUACCAGAUUAUAAUGGAGGCAGAAGACAACCCAGAAUUACCAAAGUUAUAUUGUGA